AAAUACCAAUUAGAAAUCGAAGAGUCAGAAUUACUAAAUCGAAAAAAUUUGAAGCUGUAACUGAUUUUACGCAAGAUGAAGAUCAAGGAAUAUUAGAAGAAUUAACUGAUUUUAUGCAAGAUAAAGAUCAAAGAUUGUCAUUAAGGAAAUGUCAGUUAUCAAUUGAAGAACGUGAAAUAAAACUUGAGCGCAAAAGAAUAGAACUAAUGAAAUUAAAAAAGAACUUAAUAUAG